UGUCUGUCUGUCUCUCUGUCUGUCUGUCGGGACUUGAGCGCACACCGGUGCCGGUUACAGGCGUGCGGAUAGCGGCGGGAAGGAGUCGGACUGAACCGUUUAUCACCGUUCACUAAAAACUCUGUCAUGUUUAAAACCCGCAACAUCCAUCAAACUGCGUGACUUGAUUAUUAUUUUAUUUUUUCCCGGUGAAGAUGUUGACAGACAUGAUUGUGGAGGAAGAAUUUGAGAUCAAGGAGGAGGAGCCGUGGUACGACAAGCAAGACCUUGAACAUGACCUGCAGCUUGCAGCCGAGCUCGGGAAAAGUCUUCUGGAGCGAAACAGGGAGCUGGAGCAAGGGCUGCAGCAGAUGUACUCCACCAACCAAGAGCAACUGCAGGAGAUCGAGUACCUGACGAAGCAGGUGGACCUCCUCAGGCAGGUCAAUGAUCAGCAUGCUAAAGUGUACGAGCAGCUGGACGUGUCGGCCCGAGAACUGGAGCAGAGCAACCACAAACUUGUUCUGGACAACAGGAUGGCCCAGCAGAAGAUCCAGGGGCUGACAGAAACGGUGGAGCUGCUGCAGACACAGGUGGAGGAGCUACAACAUCAGGUGGAGGACCUAAAGUUGAGUCCUUGUCAGCCUCAGAAGGCACGCACCACUCAGAGUGUGUCCUGCCUGAAAGAGCUGCAAAACACACUCAGGUAUGACUCCGACGAGCCCUCAGACGGACUUGAGUCCGACAUGUCGUGGCACGAGGAGGAGCAGGCGUCGCUACGAGAAUCCCUCCACACCCUACAGACUCAGUUUGCCAGCGAGCGCGCCCGGAGGGAGGAGUCGGAGCGUGUGGCCGAGCUGCUCGCCGGUGAAAAUGCAGCUCUGGAGCAGCAGCUGGCGGGGAUGGAGGGCUGUCAGGCCAGAGUAGCCGAGCUGGAACGUGAGGCAGAAGAGCUUCGUCAGCUCUGGAAAUCAGAAUCCUCCACAAGAUCCAUCAGGCAUGACAUCAUCCACAGCCUGCUGCCCAACUCAAUGUUCCUCAACCCGGAGGAGGACAGCGAAGGAGGUGCUGCUGCAGUGAAAAGCCCGUGGGUCCUGAAGCGCUGGGACAGCGAGCGGCUGAUGAAACUGGCACAGACGCCAGACUCUCCCGACAGGAUCUACGACCACGAGUGCUCCUGCGUGCGCCGAGCCGAGGUGGUGAAGUAUCGCGGGAUCUCGCUGCUCAACGAGGUCGACGCCCAGUACAGUGCCUUGCAGGUGAAGUACGACGAGCUGCUGCAGCGGUGCCACCUGGGGCUGCAGGAGGAGGAGGAGGAGGAGCAGGAUGGGCAGAGCCAUAAGUCAGUCCAGACUGCAUCCCUCACUGCCACUUGUCCUGCUCCGAUGGACAUGGAGGACGACUUUCACCAGCCGGAGUACAAGGAACUUUUUAGGGAAAUUUUCUCCCGCAUUCAGAAAACCAAAGAGGACCUGAUUGAAAACAGAGGGAGAGCCACAGCUGGUGAAACGCUGCCUGUUUUGAAUUAGUUGCUUCCCCCCAAAUGAAACCAAGACCUGCUGCAAAAUUAAUUUUGUCUUCCAGUUAAAGAGCGAUUCUUUGGAAAGACUUUUCUAGCAGUACGUGAAGCUAACUAACUCUACACUUUACUGUAUGUUAUUUGCCCAGAAAUAGU